UGGCCGCUGGAUUGCGGCGGAGGAUUAAUCAAAAAACGUACCACUAAUGGCUCCGAGGAUUGUCGUUGAUUACUUUAUUCUCACAACAACGUUUUUCGCUUCCUUGUUCGCGUUUCUGCUUCUAUACAUCUUGCGUCGUCGGAGCAAGAAGAUUAUUGGGUCUGUUAAUGUCCGUAACGGAACCCUAACGGUGAAAUCUGGAACAGACGUCGAUAUUAUCAUUGUCGGUGCUGGCGUCGCCGGCGCUGCUCUCGCUCAUACUCUCGGCAAGGAAGGAAGAAGAGUUCACGUUAUUGAAAGAGACUUAACCGAACCUGACCGAAUCGUCGGUGAAUUGCUUCAGCCUGGUGGUUACUUGAAGUUAAUCGAACUCGGGCUUGAAGAUUGUGUGAAGGAGAUCGAUGCGCAGAGAGUUCUUGGUUAUGCUCUCUUUAAAGAUGGGAAGCACACUAAACUCUCUUACCCUUUGGAUCAGUUUGAUUCCGAUGUUGCGGGUCGUAGCUUUCACAAUGGGAGAUUUGUGCAGCGGAUGCGAGAGAAAGCUUCUUCACUUCCCAAUGUUCGAAUGGAGCAAGGAACAGUGACAUCGUUGGUGGAAGAAAACGGAAUAAUCAAAGGUGUUCAAUACAAAACCAAAGAUGGCCAAGAGCUUAAAUCAUUUGCUCCUCUCACUAUUGUAUGUGAUGGUUGUUUCUCCAACUUGCGUAGAUCUCUCUGCAAACCUAAGGUGGAGGUGCCAUCCAAUUUCGUGGGUCUGGUGUUGGAGAAUUGCGAACUCCCAUUUCCGAACCACGGACAUGUUGUUCUUGGCGACCCGUCACCCAUUUUAUUCUAUCCUAUCAGCAGCUCAGAAGUCCGUUGCUUGGUUGAUGUUCCAGGUUCAAAACUUCCUUCAGUCGCAAGCGGCGAAAUGGCUCACCAUCUCAAAACAACAGUUGCACCCCAGGUACCGCCUCAAAUCCGCGAUGCGUUCAUUUCUGCUGUCGAAAAAGGUAACAUAAGAACAAUGCCUAACCGAAGCAUGCCAGCUGAUCCAAUUCAUACACCCGGAGCUCUGCUUUUAGGUGACGCAUUCAACAUGCGGCAUCCUCUUACCGGAGGCGGUAUGACUGUCGCAUUGUCUGAUAUAGUUAUCCUCCGCGAUCUAUUAAACCCGCUUGUCGACUUAACCAAUAAAGAGUCCUUAUCCAAAUACAUCGAAUCGUUCUACACAUUGCGGAAACCGGUUGCUUCCACUAUCAAUACGCUCGCAGGAGCUCUUUACAAAGUCUUUUUGGCUUCUCCAGACGAUGCGAGAAGCGAAAUGCGUCGAGCUUGCUUCGAUUAUCUUAGCCUUGGAGGGGUUUGCUCGUCAGGACCAGUGGCUUUGCUCUCAGGUUUGAACCCGCGACCUAUGAGCCUUGUUCUUCAUUUCUUCGCAGUUGCGAUUUUCGGGGUUGGUCGUUUGCUUGUACCUCUCCCUUCCGUCAAACGGUUAUGGCUCGGAGCGAGACUAAUCUCGAGUGCUUCAGGGAUAAUAUUUCCAAUAAUAAAAGCAGAAGGUGUGAGGCAAAUGUUCUUCCCUCGAACUAUUCCUGCCAUUUACAGAGCUCCUCCUACUCCUUCUUCUUCUCCUCAAUGAUGAUGAAUCAGAUACAUUGCUUUGAAGCUUUCUCAGGUGUUGUCAGAAUGAAUGAACCGGGUCGUUUGAAAUUUGUACUCAUCCAUUUACAAACAAAACAUCAAGUAAAUAAGUAUCUUUGUU